GUAAGAUGCAUCGAGCAGGCGCUUAAAGAUGGUCUUCGUGGUCUAGGAAACCUGGUACCAUAUCACUGCCAUUGCUACUUGAAUGUGAUAGGCAACGAGGGAGAGAGAAAUGGGGAGGAGGCCUUGUUGCUCCAAGGAGGGACUCAACCGAGGAGCGUGGUCUGCUUGUGAAGACAAGAUCCUGUCUGACUACAUUAAGACUCAUGGCGAAGGUAAAUGGAGAGACCUCCCAAAGAGGGCAGGGUUGAAGCGGUGUGGUAAGAGCUGCCGACUGCGGUGGCUGAACUACCUGAGGCCAGAUAUCAAGAGAGGUAACAUCACGGAGGACGAAGAGAGUCUCAUCAUCAAGCUUCAUAGGCUCCUCGGGAAUAGAUGGUCGCUCAUUGCGGGCAGAUUGCCGGGGAGAACGGACAAUGAAAUCAAGAACUACUGGAACACAAACCUAAGCAAGAAAAUGACGCCCCCCCGGACUUGCAUCAGGAGACCGGUCAAAGGGAAGGAGGCCAGGAAAGAGGAGUCACCGGAGGAGGUGAAGGCAGCGGGCGAGGCCAGUGCUGUGAUUCGUACCAAGGCCGUGAGGUGCACCAAGGUCUAUCUCCCGUCACCGCCGGAUGACCCACCGACCCACCACGGCUCCAAACCUACCAACAAUGGGAGCCCAUCUUCGUCGGUCCCUCGAGACGCCGACCCCUCCGGCUGGUUCUUCGAGGACUUCAACAUGGAAGAACUGGUGCCCAGCUUUCAGGACGACUGUUUCUUACAGCUUAGGAUGGACGAUGUACAAGACGGCGGCAACAUGAACGGAAUUGUUGGCGACGACUUGCUUUGGUUCUGCGACGCCGUGCACCAAGAUUUCAGAGGAAGUACCGAUCGCCCAGAACUGCAAGUAGCCGCUGAGAUUGGUACAUUAGCUUCGCUGAUAGAUUCGGUAGAGAACGGGAAAGCAAACGGUGGUGCCAGGCACAUGGUUUCACGGAGCUGAACCCUCUGGGUUUUCCGGCCUACAUCUGAUGCACGUAGCCACGCUUGCUUCCGUUCAUGUAAUAAUACUCACCACCCUCAAGAAGUUCUACCUAGAGAGAGAGAGAGAGAGAGAGAGAGAGAAAGAAAGAGUAAUAAAGUCGUUGUCUUUUUCAUGAUUCGGACACAAUUUCUAGAUGCAAGUGUAGUCAACUUCUAUUGUGAAGGAAGCAUCGUCACAUAUAAAUGUAGUAGCAG